AUGAAACAACUUGCAACGUUAUUCUUACGGAUCAGUUAUUAUGUUAUGAUGUGCAUUGGACCACCGAUAAACAAUGGUCAUGUCACUCUUCGAGUCCGAAAUGGGAUCAGAAAACUACCUCAUUUUUCCAGAAAUAAUGCAAAUGACAAAACAAGCUGGCAAGUGAUACCAAAUAAAAUUGAUAACAAUGGCAGUAGAUAUGGUGUUGGAAAGAUUAAUGGGAUCAGUAUACCUUGGAAACGUUUAGUGACAUUGCCAGAGAUACGAAUUGAACAUAGACCAACGGAAUUCAGGACAAGCGGUAAUUCAAAUGAAAUUGCUUUGGCUCCAACUAUCAACAGCUUAAACUCACCCCAAUUAUCUCCCUAUCAGCACCAACGACAGUACAACACUUAUGACUACAAGAAACAUUUUUAUGCUUCUGAUAUCCCUGCUUCCUUUUCAUCAUCUCGAGCACAAAAAUAUAAUAGAGUGCAACUGUCGCUUUACUACAAUCCUUGGGAUCCAUUCGGACUGCUUAAUAAUCCGUUCUGGAAGUCAAUCUUCCCACAUCUCUUUGCUCCACAGCCACAAUUAUUCAUUCCAACGACACCAAAAUCUGCCCAAAGUCUUGAUCUACAACAAGGAUUGACAUUGGUACCGAAAUCACCUAACCAAAAACUUACUUUAUGUUGCAAAAAACAAAAUCUUUCACCAUCUUGCCAACUUUUAUGCAAUUACGACACAUUCACUGACCGAUCGCUUGUGAGUGCAGUGAUAUCAAAUCAGUGUCCCGGUUAUGAGCUUGAAACAGCUUUCAAUUGCGCCACUUCUAGGGCUGAUCAUUCUGCAUGUUGCAUAAAAAGUGGCAUCGAAGAAUACAAAAAUGGUCAUUGCAUGGUGUUUUGUACGACACAUCUUGGUAAUCCGCGCAAUACAUUGCAGUACAUCGAUUGUCUACAAGUUUUUGACCGUAUCAAAAACUGCUAUCGGGAACACCACAUAGUAAAUCCUAAUAUCCACGGUGAUUUGUGA